ACCGCCACAGCAACAGCCACAGCAACAUUGUUCACACUCCAGCCCUGAGACCACACAGGCCAGUGACAGUGCGAAUGGCUUGUCUGGAUGAAAUGCCCUUCAAAAUCCCUCUGGGCUCCUUAGCAGAGGUCAAAGAGGAGGUGGAACUGGUCAUGGCUCCAGAAAUCACCCUGCCAGACUACCUGAUGAUCCUGCAGGAGACCGAGUAUGUGUUUAGCUUGGAGAAAUGGGUUCUGACAGGCCUGCAGGGUGGCUAUAGCAGUGCACCCCAUCCCAAUUCACCCUCCGGGAUGUCCCCAUCCUGUCCUCCGUACUGGAUGAUGUUCAGUAGUCCUCAAGAGAGCAGGCUAGCUAGCCGCUGGAGCAGCGACUUCUGGGAGCCAAACCCUCGGCCCCGCAGCCGGAGCCUGAACGCGGCUCACUACCGCGCUAUGAAAGGUCAGGUGAAAUUCACCAUUUCUGACUCAGACGAUGACGACUAUAACGAGGAGGCUUCUUUCCCAGGGAACGAAGGAUCAAAAUGCAGCACUUCUUCAGGCUCAACAAGACAAGGGCCAGACGUAAAAGACCUGCACCCUCGCUGCUCCUCGAAUUUCCUCAACCUGCCUUCGACCUGUGGCCUCUCUGCUCAGCGGCAGGUCAACUUCCGACAGACCUCGCUUUCAGACUCAAAACCUACAGGAAGUAACUUCAGAAGAAGCCAAAGCACAGAGUAUAAUGGCUCGCAUCAGCACUCAGUCAGGCAGUUGGGACACCACUCCUCACGCACCGUACAGUUUUCAGACCUGCCCCUGGCCCCCUCGCAGCCGCUGGGUUCCCACGCUGCCUCCCAGGACUCCUCAGUGGAGCUGCUUUCAGCUCUCAGCCCUGAAGAGCAGCAGCUGCUGGAGGCUGUGACGGAGCGCGGCUACCCACUGCGCACGGCCAUCAUCGCCCUGCAGAAGACCGGCCAGCACAGUCUAGAGCAGAUCCUGAGUUACCUGGUGGCAUGUGACCGGCUGUGUGAACUUGGCUAUGAUGAAGCUCAGGUGGAGGAAGCUCUGGAGAUGUUUCAGAACUGUGAGACAAAGGCCGAGGAGUUUCUUCACCUGCUCACACAGUUUCAUGAGAUGGGCUUUCAGCAGAACGCUAUCAAAGAGGUGCUGCUUGUUCACGAGAACCACCGUGAGCGUGCCCUGGAAGAAUUAAUGACACGUGUAGCCUGACCAGAUCAACCUAGCCAUGUGUACAUAGUUGUUGGCUUUGCUUAGGAUUACAAUCAUCAGUAUGAACUGUGGCCUUGAUGGGAAAGCAAAGCUUCUUGAUGUCCCUGAUAGAAGCAUGAAAGAAAAGAGCAGUGCAGCUUGUGGACACUUACAGAGAAUAUAUGCUUUUUUGUUAUUCCCUUAUACAAUACCAUGAUCAUUCUAGUGGAUAUUAAACGUCUAAACACCCUUUUUGAAAUUGUUUUUGUGAUGUAAAGCCAUAAAUGAAGAUAAAUCAUAUCAGGUAUUUUCCAUCUUCAACUAGAUCUUACAGUUGUCAAAAUUCAAGAGAAAAGAAAUAGAAAAUUAUUUAGAAAAAUAACUGAAAAUAAAAAACCUACAGUACACUGGUUACAUAAGUGUGCAAAUCCCCACAGCUGAUACUUUGUUGAAGUACCUUUUACAUUUAUUACUGCAGUAAUCUUUAAAAGUCUUUGUAAAUCUUUCACACCUGGACUUUCAUCCCACUCUUUCUUGUAAAAAAAUUCAAGCUCCUUCAAAUUGCCAGGUUAUCUCCUGUGCACAGUCCAGUUUAGGUAAUUUCACAGGUUUUCUGAGGGACAUUCUGAGGCACUAAUCUUCCUUUUUGAUACCAUUCCUUGGUGGUCGUGGAUGUGGGGUUUGAAUCAUUAUCAUUAUUAUUGGAGCUGGUCAUUAUCCCAUCCAUCUAUCUUGACUAGAACUGAAGAGAAGCAGCCCCAAAACAUGAUGCUCCCACCACCAUGCUUCACAGUAGGUAUGGUGUUCUUUAGUUGAAGAGCUGUGUUGUCGUUGUGUGAUCUUACUAGAUUCCGACCAAAAACUUUGUCAGAUGGCGUGGAUGAUUUUUUGUGAAUAAUGGCUUCUACCCUAAAGCUCAAACUUAUAAUACGGGGGACAGCUGUCACAUGUAAGGAGUGGCCAGGAUUUGCCAAAAAUUCCACCAGCUUUUUUGCUGUUAGCCUCAAAGUAGCCUUUUGAUAACUUUUCUUUUUAUCUUGUCAUCAACUUUUGAAGGUUUUUCUGAUCUUGGAAACAUUUUUCCACACUUUGAUGAGAGUCUUCACAGAGCUCUGUGGUGCAUCCAUUAUUUUUGAUAUUCUUGUUUACCACUGUCCUGAUCUGUACCUUUUAACGGUAAGGUUCUGUAGAUGUUUUGUCAACUACACUUGUACCAUAGCGAUCUCAGAAGAAUGUGAUCAGGAAAAUGGCAGGAACAGCUGAUUUAUUUAUUUAUUUAUUUAGGUUCAUCUGGAUUACUUUCAAUGAUGGCAGAUGUUUGCUGCUUAUCUUCAGACAUGAUUUUGAACAUAAUUUGUUAUCUCUGAACACAGCUGCAGGCCCCCAUUAUAAAAGGGUGUGAACAUUUAUGCAACCAGGUUGUUGUACUUCCAUUUUUCUCUGGAAAUGUGCUGUUGGUUGCA